AACAGUCAGUUGUUUUCUGAUGUGUUGGUUGUUCUCAUCUUUAUUGCUGAUGAAAUUCGGUGCGAUUAAAUAGAAAUUACAUUGGGUGAGAUUUAUAAAAGAUUCGAAGGAACUGAAAAAUUACAUAAAGGCUUUGCGAAAGUACCGUGAGUGGCGUAGUGGAGAAGCUGGGGUUUUUGGCGAUGGCUUCAACUGAUAUAAAUGUAAAAUUGUCCCGACUUUAUCAUUUGGCGCAGAAGUUUAACAAUUUCUACUUAACAGGUUUUCAAAAGGGAGACAUACGUCCAUUCCUGGUUGAAGGCGAACAAGUUGGUCUUGUCAAGGCCGAUGUCAUCAAGCAGCUGCAACGUUAUCCCGAAAUAUUCUGCAUACGCAAUUGUGAAUUUACCAAACAGGGUAUAGUCGAGUUAAAUCCUGCAUUCCGUGACUAUGCUGAACGCACAAAGCAAGUCGAUAUAGUAUUACGUGAUUUACGUUCUAAGGGCAUUUUUUCCGCACUCCAAGGUUGGCGUGAUGAGUAUUAUGAAGUGAAAUCGGAGUAUCGUAGCCUAUUGAAAAUGGAUCGUUCGGCCACACCAUUAUUUGGUGUACGCAAAUAUGGUGUAGAUAUUAAUGGUUAUGUACAACAUCCAACGCAGGGUCUUUGUAUUUGGCUACAACAACGUUCUAAUACCAAAGAGACAUGGCCGGGUAAAUGGGAUAAUAUGGUUGGCGGCGGUUUAUCGGUGGGCUAUGGCAUUAAAGAGACUGCUAUUAAAGAGGCAGCUGAAGAGGCAUCCAUUCCAAGUGAUCUGGUCAAAAAUCUCGUUUCAGCCGGUUGUGUUUCAUUCUUUUUCGAAAGUGAUCAAGGUUUAUUCCCAAAUACCGAAUAUGUUUUCGAUUUAGAGCUUCCAUUGGAUUUUGUACCACAAAAUGCUGAUGGUGAGGUGCAAGCUUUUGAGCUAUUACCAGCCAAAGAGUGUGUGGAACGUGUAUUUACACCGGAUUUCAAGACAACCAGCUGUCCGGUGGUUAUCGAUUUUCUAAUCAGACAUGGCUAUAUAACGCCUGAAAAUGAAGUUCAUUUCACACAAAUCAUUGAGUUAUUACAUGUGCCACUACAGUCGCUCUACACGUACAAGUCCGUUUUGGAGCAAAAACAAAAACUCAAACAACAAAAUCAAUCGCAACAACAAUCGCAUCUUGCCAAUAAUAUUAAAACCAUUGAAAAUGGACACAACAAUAAAGAUGCCACAAUAAACAAUUAAAAGAUAAUGUGCAAAAAGCAAAAAGAAAAAAAAAACAAAAACAAUAUUAUUAUAUAAAUAUGUAUAACAAAGACAUAACAAUUGCUGAUUAAAAGUAAAACAAUUUUUUGGUAGUAAACGAUUUGAAAACAGACUGCGUAUUUUACAUUUACGCUCGUAGGUAUUUACAUACAAACAAAACGAAUUAAUGUAUUUGCUGUUUAUACAUAUAAAUACAAACGUAUAUAUACAAUAUAAAACAAAAACACAUAGUUUAGAAGAUUUAUUGUAUUCUGCGAAUGAGCUAUUUUGCUGCGAGUCCUGCGUGGAGAAUGCUAGAAGCUUGUGAGAUUCUCAAAUAUCUAUAUACCUACGCCACCUAGGCCACUAAUUUCGUAUUAAUUGCUGACUUAAAGAAAUUUGCUAUGUUAAAGACAAUUGAAUAAGAGAAAAAUAUGUAAAACGUUUCGUGUAACGAAAAACUCGUUUGUAGCAAGCGAGAAAAAAAUUAUAAUAUUUAGCAAUAAAUUGACCUUUUCAAAUUUAUGUAAUUUUGUAAUGUUUUUGAUAAUGAAAAUAAUUGCUAAUUUUGCUUAGAGUUUAAAACAACGCACUUAUUAUAAAUAAAAGUACAUAUAUUUAUGUUUGUAAAGGCUAUUGUGAGCAUAAUUAAAUUACUACUUGUUUGUUUUUAGAAAAUUUAUUGUGCAACUUAUUGUUAUUUCCUAUGUUUAUUGACAAUUACACUUUUAUUUAACGAAAUGGCGCGCUAUGUGGACUUAUGAUUGUCAAAUAUAACUAUUUAUUAUUUUCUCAAAAUGUUGUUCUUUUUUAUUUAUUAUUAUAUACAUACAUACAUACAUAUGUAUAUUCAAAUAUUUUUUAUUUUUUUUAUUUUGUAUUUAAUUUUUUGUGCAUUUUUUCAAUUUUUUUUCGUUUUUGUACUUUUUAGUAUUGAUAAUUAGAUAAUUUUGCUGAUAUUUUUAAAUUAUUUUAGUUUUUUUUUGGUAAUUUUGUGUAUUUUUGUUAUAUAUUAUUUAUUAUUUUUUUUUAACAGAUUUAAAAAUUUUUUUUUUUUAAUUAUAUUUUUAAUCUAUUUUUAUUUGUUAUAUAUUUUGUCUUUUUUUAAAUUAAUAUUUUCUUUUAAUGUUUUUCACUUUAUUAUUAUUUUUUAAUGUUUUUUUUAUUUUAUUUUUUUGUUUUCUUUCCUAAACCGGUAAAGGGCGAGUCAAACUGUAUUUGCAUUCAUGCACGCGUUAUUAUGUCGAUAUAAAAUGUAGUAAUUGUAAUUUAUGUAAACGUUUUUGAACAUUUUAUCACUGCGUAACAAUAUAUACAUACAUUUAUAUAUACAUAUAUAUAUAGUGUACGAAAAAAAUAUAUAUAAAUAAAAUGCACCACAUUUUUAAAAGAAAUAACGAAUAAUA